UUAUUAUUUACAGCAUUUACAUUUUCUGUUCUGUGACAUUGAGAAAGAGGAUUAUAUUUUCAUUUGCCGAAUUAAUCCCCACUUCCAUUAUGAAAGGGACCAGCCAGCACACUGUUGCUCUCCUGGCCUGCCCCCAGCAGCCCUGAGCUGCUCUUCCCCAGCACCUGGGCUCCCCCUCUGCUCCUGAUGCAGAGUGCUGCUGUUUACUGAGCUCAAUCAUGUGAGGAAGAGUAGAAUACAAUUGAAAUGUAUUAGUGAGGGUGAGGGUGUUAAUAGAGAGAUAUGAUGGCUAGAUGGUAUUUGAGGAGAUUUCAAAGGACCUCCAACUUUUCAGAAAAUUUCAAUGAUAAUGUUAGUACUAUUAAUGAUAUUAAUAAGAGAUUAGCAUCAGCUACUACUACUAUUACUGAGUGCCACUGUAUCUAAAAGUGGAGUGGGAGCUUUAGUAAGCUGUUUAACACUCACAUUGUGUUAAAGACUUAAUGUGCAUUGUUUCGUUUAAUCUUUAUAACUUCCCAUGAAGUGAGUCCUAUAAAAUUCUCAAUUUUAGGUGAAGUAAAUAAGACUUAAAGAGUUUAAAUGCCUUGUCUUUAUACAGCUCACAAGGGGUCCACCCUCCCAGGUGUAUUUGAUUCCUGACCCUGCUUCUCAUCAUUUCUUGGUGUGGCUUCACUGGCGUUUGAUGUCAUCAUUCUAUAUUGGUUCAAUCUCACUUUGUAAAAAUAGCUAAAAGCACAUGCCCUACUGGACAAAGGUUAGGACAGUGACAUAUCCAGGGAACAUUUAAAAACAAUGACUCUUAUUUUCUUCCCCAGGUGAAAACUGGAAGCUGGACCAUGUGCUCAGUAAAUCAAACUUCAAGCACUGAUUUCAUCCUGGUGGGGCUCUUUGUUUCAACAAAGCAUGCAGUCCUCCUCUACAGUCUGUCCUUCAUCUUGUUCCUGAUGGCCCUAACUGGAAAUGCCCUUCUCAUCCUCCUAAUCCACAGGGAGUCCUGCCUUCACACCCCCAUGUAUUUCUUCAUUAGCCAACUCUCUCACAUGGACCUCAUGUACAUAUGUGUGACCAUCCCCAAGAUGCUCAUGGACCAGGUUAUGGGAGAUAAUACAAUUUCCCCCUUAGGUUGUGGGGUUCAGAUGUUCUUCUAUCUGACCCUCGCUGGAGCUGAGGUUUUCCUCCUGGCUGCCAUGGCCUAUGACCGAUAUGCUGCCAUUUGCAGACCUCUCCAUUACCCGCUGCUCAUGAACCAGAGAGUCUGCUGGAUCCUUGUGACUGGCUGCUGGUUCCUGGGAAUAGUUGAUGGUUUGUUGCUUACCCCUAUUACCAUGAGUUUCCCCUUUUGUCACUCUAGAAAAAUUAUGAACUUCUUCUGUGAAGCUCCAGCCCUGCUGAAGCUCUCCUGCUCUAGUAUUUUCCUAUACAAGACACUCAUGUAUUUGUGCUGUGUCCUUAUGCUCCUCAUCCCUGUCUCCAUCAUCUCCACCUCAUAUGGGUUCAUCCUACACCUCAUCCACAGGAUGAAUUCAGUUGAGGGCCGCAGGAAGGCCCUCACCACCUGCUCCUCUCACAUGGUGGUGGUGCUGCUCUUUUUUGGUGCCUCCUUCUACACCUACAUGCUCCCCAGAUCCUACCACACAGCUGAGCAGGACAUGAUCGUGUCUGCUUUUUACACCAUCAUCACCCCUGUGCUGAACCCCCUCAUUUACAGCCUCCGGAACAAAGAUGUCACAGAGGCUCUGAGAAGCAUGAUGCCAUUAGGGAUGAGAGUGAGAAAAGUUGGAAAUGUGAAAACCUAAGAAUGACCAUCUCUCUGUUCUCCUUCCUUCUUUCCUCCAUUCCCUAUCUCUCAUCUCAUUCUAUUCCCUGGUUCCUGGGCCCCAACACUAAGUUGUCCCAGAUCUUCCCUCCCUGCCAUGCAUGUGGUAUUUCUCCUCCACGCUGCUUACUUAUCCUGAAUUAUCUCUUGUAUUUAAGUUUCUCAGAGUCCCAUUGUCUCUAAUGCAAUCGUUGACAUAAGACAGAUCAUAGAGAGUACCCUAUAUCUUAUCUUCCAUCCCAACUUCAUUGACCAUUUUAGUUUGAGAUUUGGGGAGUCAAAGCUUUUAACCCUGAAAGUAGAUCACUGUGAAGAUUUCAUAUCUUAGCAGAAACCUGGAGGGGAAUUGGAUGUUCCCUCACUUUACAAUAGUUUUCAAAUCACAGUUCACUUGUGCCAGUCACUGCCUUCUUGUGUCUGCAGUUGUAACUUCAGUAAGUGCAUCUGAACACAUUUUGUUUGUUUGUUUUUAGUUCAAGUGUUGUA